CUGUGAGCCGGCCGGGCAGCGCCCAGGCCCGUGCCCGCCAUGCCGGGCAAAGCCCAGCACUUCCAAGGUCCCCAGGUCAGCUGCUGCGCCAAGUACCUGCUCUUCGCCUCCAACGUGCUCUUCUGGUUGCUCGGAGCUGCCUUCCUGGCCAUCGGUCUGUGGGCAUGGGCAGAAAAGGGCGUGCUUUCCAAUCUGUCGUCCAUCACCGACCUGGGUGGCUUUGACCCCGUCUGGCUCUUCCUCGUGGUCGGAGGCGUGAUGUUCGUGCUGGGCUUCGCCGGCUGCAUCGGGGCCUUGAGGGAGAAUACUUUUCUCCUCAAGUUUUUCUCCGUGUUCCUGGGGCUUAUAUUUUUCCUGGAGCUGACAGCCGGUGUCCUGGCCUUCAUCUUCAAGGAUUGGAUCAAAGACCAGCUAAACUUCUUUAUCAACAACAACGUCAAGGCCUACCGUGAUGACAUUGACCUGCAGAACCUCAUUGACUUUGCUCAGGAAUAUUGGUCUUGCUGUGGUGCUCACGGGCCAAAUGACUGGAAUUUCAAUAUUUACUUCAACUGCACUGACUCCAAUCCCAGCCGGGAGCGCUGUGGAGUACCCUUUUCCUGCUGUGUCAAAGAUCCUGCGGAGGAUGUUCUCAACACUCAGUGUGGCUAUGAUGUCCGCCUUAAACUGGAGCUGGAGCAGCAGACCUUUAUCCAUACCAAGGGAUGCGCUGUCCAGUUUGAGAAAUGGCUCCAGGACAACCUCAUUGUGGUGGCUGGGACCUUUGUGGGCAUCGCCCUGCUCCAGAUCUUUGGUAUCUGCUUAGCUCAGAACCUAGUGAGUGACAUCAAUGCUGUGAAGGCCAACUGGUGACACGGGAACGGGGCCUGUGCUGCCUCCCACAGACUCACAGCACC